GGGAAGCCGUGCUCAAUGGAUCAGUCGCUCGCUCGUCUCGCUGAGCACACAGCUAAGAUGAUGGUCGCUUGCCUGCUCCUCUCCAGCAUCUGGACCGUUGCGUCAGGCUCCGUGCAGGUGAUGCACAGAAAGGUCCAGUCAGUCCAGGCAGGAGGAAACAUUACUUUUUCAUGCCGGUUGGUCACAAAAGAAGAUGUGCUACAGGUGACCUGGCAGAAGGAGACGGAUGGGGCUGAAGACAACAUAGCGACUUAUAGUAUGAUGAAUGGCCAAAAGAUAGCGAAGGGCUAUAUCGGCCACGUGAGCUUUGCCCACAGUGAAUUACAAGCCUCUGCCAUCUCCCUUCGUGGAGUCACCCUCCAAGAUGAAGGAUGCUACAAGUGCAUCUUCAACACGUUUCCCUCAGGGGCUGUCACUGGCAGGAUGUGUCUCAAGGUUUACGCCAUCUCAGACCCCAGAGUGGAGGCUAAGCUUAUACACAGUCCAGACAAAGCUGAGGACUCUGAGAAAGUGGUGGGGCUGAGCUGCUCAGCAACAGGGAAACCGGCUCCAAAAAUCACCUGGCUCCUUCCCAGCAUCCUGCAGCAGAAACCAAGGGAGUACCACAUCAAACUUGGCAACCAGACUGUGACUGUCAUCAGCAAUUUCACCCAUACCCCCUCCAAAAUCCUCCAGGAGUACCCCAUUGCCUGCAUGAUCCAACACCCUUCUCUAAACAUGACCCUGGUCCUGCCUGUGGACAGCUUGCUGCAGGGUCCGGCCAGCAGCUCAGCAGCGGCCAUCGCCAUUGCAGUGGGGGUGCUGGUCCCCCUGAUUUCCCUAGUCCUUCUCGCCUGCCUCCUCUGUUGCUGCCUCAAGCACCUACGUGACCCAGAGAGAAACCCAGCCUGGCCAUGCUGGGUCCUUCCUGCCUGUACCAAGGCCAAGAAGUGUAGGCAGUAUGGAGCUACAGAUAGGUGGGCUCCCGUGGUGCCCCCCAGCCCUGGCACACCACUGAACACCUGAGCAGCC